AUGGAAACCAACAGUACUCAACCUGGAAAUAUGCCAUCUGAACCAUCGCUCAAUAAUGAUCAAAAUGAAACACAAAUUGAUCAAAUCGUAUAUGCGAGAAUAGUCAACUUAAGUCAAUCAUCAAUCCUACCAAUGAAUACGGGAAACAUGAUUCCAAGUCAGAUACAAACCAACACCACAGAUCAGCAAGAUGAAAUCUUACGGCGUAGACGAGAAGGCCGUCGAAGACGUCGACAAAGACGAGCUCAACGUCGACGAGAGCAACGAGCAAUUGAACAAGCACAACGGCAACGGCGACAUCAACAAGAAACACAACGUGAACAACGACGACAACAACAACGAGACCUAUUACGAGGACAACAACGUAGACUAUAUCCACGCGGCCGAAGCCAACAAAGAAGACAAGAACGGUAUCAGAGAUGGUUACAACGACUUGAACAACAAGAACAAGAUCCAAACAGACAACCAACGAAUUACCAUCCACGCAUAGUAAUUCCAGGUGAUUAUGAUUAUUACAGUGGUGAGGAUGACCAAGAGAAUCUAUUAGAAGCGUACGAAUGGGAAAUCAUGACUACACAACAACGUCGUGAUCAAAUAGAAAUAAUGGAAUUAGAAGGAUUUGCAGCACUGGAACAACUAUUAUUGAUUCAAGAUGAGCGUGAACAAUCUCAACAAAUUCGAGAUACGCAAGCAUUCGAUGAAGAAAGACAACAGGAAUUCAACAGAUUUCAUAAUUGGGACCAACAACGACUAUUGGAUUAUCAAGAACACCGCAAUACUAUCGUAGACGAACCGAACGAUGAUAAUCAACAACAAUUACAUCAAGUCGAAAUGCUUGAACGCUAUGAUAUUGAAAGACAACGACAAGCCGAGCGUAACGACAAUUGGGAUCAAACUCGUCUCAACGAUUAUUUGAGAAUUCCAACACCGCCACAAUCACCAGACACCUCCUCAAAGGACUGA